GAGGACGUUAUUCAGAGGAGGAAACGGUACCUAUUGGUUCACUUGAAAGCAGAGCAAUAAAAGCACAAUGUUUCAAGGUUUGUUCAAGAAACCUUUAGAAGAAGAACCAUCUACUCUUCUGGACGAUCCGUGGAGGGAACUACGCUGGGGAAACGUACAGGAGGAUCGUCAAUAUGUGCAGGAAUACAAGCCUGCACAAGAUAACAUCAAGUACCUUCGAGUCCUCCUGUACGGACCUGUUGGUCAUGGGAAGUCCAGUUUCAUCAACUCUGUCAGUAACGUCAUUCGAGGACGGAUUUCCAUUCCUGCUUUGGCCAGUGCCACCCUCUCCAACAAGAGCUUCACCAAAAUGUUUGAAACUCAUAAAUUCAAUAAAGGACGAGGAAACGAAAAGACAAUUUACCCUGUGGUCUUCAAUGACAUCAUGGGUGUGGAAGAGGGGGAGAGCAGAGGAGUUCAUGAAGACGACAUCAAGCUGGCUUUGAAAGGACACGUGAAGGAAGGACACAAGUUCAACCCAAUUUCUCCACUAACUCAACGUGACCCAGGCUACAACCCAACCCCCUCUGAUGACGACAAAGUCCAUGUGCUGGUCUGUGUGAUUUCUGCCAACGCAUCACAGAUUAAACCAUCAGUUCUGCAGAAGAUGAAGAACGUCAGAGAAACAGCCAGUGACCUGAAAAUUCCUCAAAUGGCCAUGAUGACGCACAUCGAUGAAGCUUGUGGUGAAACUGAGAAAGACCUGAAGAAUGUGUACAAGAGCAAACACCUGAAAAAAAAGAUGGCAGACUUCAGUGCAGCAGUGGGAAUCCCAAUGAACUGCGUCUUUCCUGUGAAGAACUACAGCCAUGAAAUCAACCUGAAAGAUGAUACCGAUACUGUGAUCCUGAGCGCCCUGCGGAAAAUGAUCGACUUUGGAGACGACUUUAUUGAAAAAAUGUAAACAGAGAUUUAGAGGAAACAAUGAGGUGGAAGAGGUUCAGUUACAUAUGCUCUAUAUCUAUAGGACAGUUAAAGCUUCAUUAAGUUUGCGUUAAGAUAACUCUUUUUUUAUCUAGUUUUGGAACUUAGAGGUAAAAGGAACUUUCAGUUGUAUUUAUUCUAUCCUAGAAUAAAUAGAUUUUACAUUUUAAAGUAAAACUUGGGUUAUGUUAAGAUAACAGAGCAAAGUAUUAGCAGAAACAGCUCCUCCCAGUGUUAGAUUUACAAGUGAAAUAAAACAGAGUAAACAAAAUGUCUGUUGACAUGUCAUUCAGUGUCAUUAUAAUGCAAGAUAAUAAGAGGAAAAUGUUUAUUCUGUUGACAGAAAUUGUUGUAAAUCAGGAAUGUGAACUUUACCAUUUUUUCUUAGACAUGUAAACAGAUCUCUGUUUGAUUAUGUGACGUUUAAUGCUUUUAUGUGACCUGUCUUUCAUCCUUUUGAUUUAUCAAGUUUCCUCCACCUCUGUUUUCCUUGUAAAACAAUUGCAGUUACCCGGCUUACAAAGGAGCUGUACAAAUAAUCUCACUUUGCCUUUCCUUACGCAUAAAUAUCAAAUUGCAUUGGUACUGUAACCAUUCAGGAGUGUUUUUUUUUAAGGUGGUGAUGUGAUAAUGAUCUAAAAAGAAGAUU